ACCGGCCUGGAUCACGGUUUGGAGCCUCGGACUGGUCGCCCCGGAGUCGCCGUGUUUCCUCGGCCUGUACCGCGGCCUCAUCCCGGGAGGGUCCCGACAGCUCGGGGGCAGCAGGGAGCGUGAGCGGCGCGGAGGCCCCGGCCUGGUGUACGGAGAGCGGCCCGGCCUGUCAGCCAUGGGAGACACCGGCAGCGAGCGCAGCAAACCGCCCAGCCUCCCCCCGCGCUGCCCCUGCGGAUUCUGGGGGUCCAGUAAGACGAUGAAUCUGUGUUCAAAAUGUUUUGCAGAUUUUCAAAAGAAGCAACCGGAUGAAGACUCCGCCCCCAGCACAAGCAGCAGCCAAUCAGAUCUAUUCCCCAGCGAGAUAAACAGCGAUAACGGAAAUACCUCUAUACCCACGCAGAGCAGUAGUCCCAGCCAGCCGCUCCUGACAGACCUGAAUGUAGCUUCUCCCAGUGAAGAUGAAUGCGGGCCCUGCACAGAUACAGCCCACGUGUCCCUCCUCACACCAAACAAAAGAUCCUACGAGUCAGAUUCCCAGUCAGAGGACGAUGCUUCCCCUAUAAAACGACCUCGACUAUUAGACAGCGGGGAAGGAUCCGACCGCAACCGCCCCAAACAGAAGAGCCGGCGCCGCUGCUUCCGCUGCCAAAUAAAACUGGAGUUGGUACAACAGGAGUUGGGGUCUUGUCGCUGCGGUUACGUGUUCUGUAUGUUACAUCGCCUCCCGGAGCAGCACGACUGCACGUUCGACCACAUGGGCCGCGGACGCGAAGAGGCCAUUCUGAAGAUGGUGAAGCUCGACCGCAAAGUGGGCAGGUCCUGCCAGCGUAUCGGCGAGGGCUGCUCCUGAGUCGCCGCCACCUUCCUUAACAACCAAAAUGCUGUUUCUAUUAGUUCACUAAUGUUAGCCUUAUUUAGGACAAUGUCAAGCAGGCUCUCACUACUGAGCAAGUCACAGACUACAGCCAAUCAGGUUCCUUCUAAUUUUUUUAUUUUUAUUUUUUUCCUUUUUCCGAGAACCGUGCAGGUACUUUAUCUAGACGAAUUUGGUAGUGGCCGGACGGUGGCUGUCGUCCAUGGGGAAAGCUCCAGGAACUUAUUUAAUCUUUAUAAUUUGUGUUCAUUCAUUAUUUUAUUUUAAUUUUAUUUUCCGUUCCACUGAUUUAAUAAUAAUAAUUGUUUUUGUCUUUCUUCUUCCAAUCCUGUUCUCCCAUUCGGACCGUCUUCGCCAAUCCUCAUCUUCACUCAUUGUUUUUGAUGUUAGCCCCUUAAUACCCAUCGAUUAUAAAUAAAAGUUGGGCUCAUGCUGAACGUCCGAAGUCGCGUCGCUAGUGAAGGUCCUGUUGGUCACUCGUGUCCUGUGUCUGAGUGUUAUUAUUAUUAUAUUAACAGCAUCAGGGAUUUCACUGGGUCGUUGGGGGUCACCCCUUUCCCCCCAGGCAGGUUAUCAGGUUUGUUACUUAUGGACCUCGGAAUAUGUUACAGACCGCCAGCGGUUCUCAUCAUCUCAGCGCUCACGGAUAUUUCGUAGGGACAGCCGAUCCUUACCUCACCCUGGACCCUUAAUGUAGGACGCUACCAGAAUGACUUAGAUUUACCUGAUUGGCGUUUGUUUGCUAUUUGCCAAGUGACGGUCUUUCUGGUCGAAUAAGGCUAAUUCACAGCACACUAGCCACGGCUGGAGCCUCCAGACCCGCUCUCUGUAGCUACAGAUAUAUAUAAGUGUAAACUUCGGGUUGGUUGAGUGGGGGGGGGGGGGGGUAAAGGAAACCUUUUGUAGCAAAUGGAACUUGUUAAGGAACAACCAGAAAUACUCCUGAUUUUUUUUUGUAAAUCUCCUCCUAAGUGAAAAUAAAGGGCUCAUAAGCCUUGAUUCUAUGCAGCCAUAGGGGAGGGAGAUCCGCGUGGGCGGGACCUUACCUUUGAGAAAGAUACAAGAGUUGGAGGAAUGGAAUGCCAAGGUAUCCGUUCAGAGUUUCUCAGGCCUUCGUUGGGGGUCUAAAAACUAUAUAGGGUGCACACGUCUCCUUAAGGUCACUUGCUUCUGUCUUAAAGGCUCAGAUGAACACAAUCCUAUAUCCUCAUGGGUUGGUUAGAAAUUAAGGUGACAGGUAGAAUUAAGGUGACAACACAAGCAACUGUUAAGAGAUGGAUUGCCAAGUUGGACAUGUGUAGAGCUUCUCGUGCCAUAGUGGAGGUUUUAGACUUUAAAGAACUGUAUUGUAUGCUCCACAAACCUUUUAAGGUCACUUACAAGUUCAACUCUUUCCGGGUCCUCAAGGGUAGUUCCGAGGAAACCUUGAGAAGAAAGUGUUAAAGAUUAUGAGGAAACCUGAGCAAAUGUAAGGGAAGGUUGGACAUGCGUAGGUUUACUCAUACAUUAGCUGAGGUCUAAGACCUUCAAGAACGAUGUAGCCUCUUCACAUAUCUCCUUAAGGUCAGAUCUUCGGGGGCAGCGUCAAUGAGCCUUGCCUGCAUGAAAGACGUAUCAAUGUUUAAGGAGAGAACUAAAGCAAAUGCAUGAGAGGGAAUGCCUGGUUGGAUAUUCACAGGGUUUCUCAGGCCUUAGUUCAGGUCUGAGACCAUGAAGGACUAUAUAUAGCACCCUUACAGAUCAGGUCAGAUCUUCGAGGGCAGUUCCAGUAGACCUCGCCCUUGAGUAAAAAGUGUAAAAGUUUAGGGGAGGAAUCAAGCAAAUACAAGUCUAGACAUGUGUAGGGGUCCUUGGUCCUCAGUUGAGGUCUGAAGACCCUGUAGAUCUAUAUAUUGUGCUCACUUGUGUAUUCGACCAUACUAACUUCUGUCUUAAAGGCUUGGGUAAACUUUUCUCACUCUUUCCAGAUCUUUGACUGUUUUUUCAUUCUUCCUCGCUAACUAUUUCAGCACUUUAAACCAAUAGAAAUUCAGUUUCAUCCUCGAUAGUAAUAGCUGAUGACUGUUCGGUAGCCCGCUCACGCACAGGGUCUGCUCCGUCCCGUCCUUUGGCACUUAUGCUCUUAAAGGAGGUUUGGUGGUCCAGGGACACCCCCCCCCCCCCGUUAACCUAAUCUUAUACCUGAUGAUACCAGAGGAUAACAUGGAGCAGGAAGCCACUGGUGAGGUCCUGACCCCCUCAUACUUAUGCAAUGCAGACCCCUUAGAUGAAGCCCACCCACCCGGGCAUUCCCAGUUGGUUUAUGUCCAAAACAAGAUUUUUAGCCUCUCGUUUCUUUUAGGAACUGAUCUUCUCUCAACAGUGAAGGAAGAUCCAAGGAUCUUCUGUGAUGGGAUCUUCUGUGAUGGUUCACAAUGCAAAAAAGACCACUAUGCCCCACCUCAUUCAACACCUGAUGAUGCAAUAGACAAUUGUCACCUUUACUGUUUAUGUUCUGCUUUAUGUUUUUUUUUUUUUUUCUGUUUUUGUGUUUUUUUGUUUUUGGGCGUCCCCAACGACCAUCAACCUACCCCCUCCCCCCCCUGUUCCUCUUCAACCAGAAGAUAAAAAGAUCCUUUUGUCUUUCCACCAUAACCAACGAUCCCGGGUGCCUAAGAUUUUAGAUCUUGGUGGGUGGUGACCGGAGCGGGCGUUACCCGUGAAUGUUGUCAUUCGGGGUGGGUUGGCAUCGCGGCAGUAGUUCACUGGGUUUGUUCCUUUGCAGUAUCUGUUCUGUGAAGUUUGUUCGAUGUGAGGGAAAAGUUUUAAUUUCUUGUAUCUUAAAAAGAAAAGAAAAAAAAUCUUAUUUAACCAUUUUUUUUGUGUUCUAGAUUUAAUUAACACAUGUAGCCUAAAACUGUUUUAGUUUAACAUUGUAAAAAAUAUAUAUAUAAAUAUAUAUAUAAAAAAAAAAAUUCUGGUAACUUGAUUCUUUUUUUUUUCUUCCCUUCCUGCUGAAAAAAAAAUUAAACGGUUGAA